AUGCCAGCCGAAGGCGAGCCCGCGGAGCCCAUGCAGAAGGGUGUUUUGUUCACCGCCAAGCAAGCUUGGGGUGACCUCUUCAUCUGGAAGCAGCGCGUCGUUGUCACCAACGAGUACGGAGAGGAGCGCACCGAGUGGCAGAGCCCUCCCCCGCUGCAGAACCCCUUCACGCUGUUCGCCCAGCUCAGCUUCAAGGAUUGGGUCUUCUUCCUUGUCGGCCUGGCAGCAUGGACCGCCGACGCCUUUGACUUCCACGCCCUGUCCAUCCAGACCGUCAAGCUGUCCAAAUACUACGGCCAAUCCAAGACCAACAUCACCACCGCCAUUACCCUCACCCUUCUGCUGCGCUCAAUUGGCGCUGCCUUCUUCGGUCUCGCUGGUGACAAGUUCGGCCGCAAGUGGCCCAUGGUUCUGAACAUGAUCAUUCUCGGCAUCCUGCAGAUCGCAACCAUCUACAGCACGACCUUCAACCAGUUCCUGGCCGUGCGCAGCUUGUUUGGUCUGUUCAUGGGCGGAGUCUACGGAAACGCCAUUGCCAUGGCCCUCGAGAACUGCCCUGUCAACGCCAGAGGCCUGAUGAGCGGUAUUCUGCAGCAGGGCUACUCUCUCGGUUACGUCUUUGCUGCCUGCGCCAACCUCGGCGUCGGCGGCGCCACCGACAGCUGGAAGACCGUCUUCUGGAUCGCCGCCGGCAUCUCCAUCGCCGUCGGCAUCAUCCGCAUCUUCUUCCCCGAGUCGCAGCAGUUCAUCGAGGCGAAGAAGGCGGGCAAGAAGGCCAUGGCCCCGGGCGCCUUCUGGCACGAGACCAAGGUCAUGCUGGCCCAGGAGUGGAAGAUGUGCAUCUACUGCAUCAUCCUGAUGACCUGGUUCAACUACUACAGCCACACCUCGCAGGACAGCUACACCACCUUCAUGCUCACCCAGAAGGAGCUCGACAACAGCGGCGCCUCGCGCGCCUCGAUCCUCAUGAAGGUCGGCGCCUGCGUCGGCGGCACCAUCAUCGGCUACCUCUCGCAGUUCGUCGGCCGCCGUCGCGCCAUCAUCGUUGCCGCCCUCGUCUCCGGCUGCCUCAUCCCUGCCUGGAUCCUGCCCGAGGGCGAGCGCUCCCUGUCCGCCAGCGGCUUCUUCAUGCAGUUCUUUGUCCAGGGUGCCUGGGGUGUCAUCCCCAUCCACCUUAACGAGCUGUCGCCCCCUGCGUUCCGCUCCAGUUUCCCUGGUAUCACCUACCAGCUCGGCAACAUGAUCUCGUCGCCGUCGGCCCAGAUCGUCAACGCCAUCGCCGAGAAGACGCUGAUCAAGAUCGACAACGGCGACAGCGUGCCCGCCUACGGGCCCGUCAUGGGCGUCGCCACGGCCAUCAUCGCCAUCGGCAUCGCCGUCACCACCGCCUUCGGCCCGGAGAAGCGCGGCCGCCACUUCGAGGCCGCCAAGGUCGCCGGCGCCGUCGAGGAGCCCGUCAAGGACGUCGAGGCCGGCUUCGGCAGCUUCGCUUCGCAGGGCGGCAAGGGCGGCCCUAAGGACGCGGGUGCCGAGAAGAUCGAGAUGGCCGAGAACACGUCGCCCGUCGAUGAGAGCAAGACCGACAACAAGGAGGUCAAGGUCUAG